GGUUACAACUGGGUGGUAGGCACCUUCACCUUCUCCCGUCCCGGUCACAAUACCGAUGCCGUCCAAAUUGUGCUGUACUGCCUGAUAGGCGCGGCCACCGUCAGCAUCAUCGCCAGCGCUAACAUGCUCAAGUCCUUCUCGGAUAAGCAGACCGAGAACGUGAAGAAUGGUAUUCUUCUAUGGCUGUUUGGCAGCGUUGUCAUUCUAGUUCUGAUUCUCAUCUUUAGUCAGCACCGCGCUGCUGGCAUCGAGGAAUGGGGACCUAGCCACGGUUUAUAUACAGAAGCACCGUGGGUCGAGAUGGGUAACCGCAACUACCGCCCUCGGGGUCGCCCUCAGCGAUCGCAAUACCCUGUCCACCCGCAGCCUGUCCGCACUGCUGUUCACCGAAUCGAAGGCAGCGUCUACCGCCAGUCAGGAACUUCCAUCGAGCAGGGGAUGGGUCGACAUCGCUGCAACGCCAAUCCUCAAGACAAUCAUCUCGACGGGCGUCUGACCCAAUAUCCACCUUCUCAGAAGAACCGCAAGGCAGCCAUUGAUUUCAGGGCACAGGACAUUAUCGCUCGAGCACAAGUUCGUAACCAAAGCACCUCCUCCUCUUCUGUCGACAGCGGCAUCGGUAUUGCUCGCAGCAGCUCUUUACACAACGAGGAGGCCGGUAAGCUAGGAUCACCCAUAGAGUUCGGCACCUGCUCUAUGCAGGAGGAUUCUGUAGUCACCAACGAGAAACUGUCUCCUAUCCCUUACUCCACUUCGGCUGGGUCUGGCUUUACCGACAUCAGCUACUUCGGCUCUUCUGAGUCCAGCUCACCUCGCCGUCCCGGACUCCCUCCUCGCGACAGCUGGUGUCUCGAACCUUCUUUCAGCUCUAGCACUCUUGUCACCUACGGCAGCGCCAAGCGAGAAUUUACCAAAGCUGGCGUCUUUCCUCCCCGUAGCAGCUCGCUUACCGAAUUGUCGUCUGAGGGCACAUUCUACAGCGCCGACCGCAAAUACGAAGUCGAAACCAACUUCUCGUAUCCGUAUAGAACUGCCUAUAAGGAACUCAGCCCCAUCAUCGAGCGCGCUAGCGAGGCUCCCUCUUCACCCAAGGAGAUAGCUUAGGACGGCCACUCUCUACUUGCACCCUUGGUCGUAUAUGAUAAUAUGGAUCGCUAGUCUAGUAGCGACAUGGACAUUAGAAGUUCUUGACCAUAUCGCGAUAUCUGUUUUUUUCUUCGCGAUCAACUUUGAAUUACUAGCUCAGCUUUGAUGGAACCUCCACCAGACUGUUAAUUCUAGUUCCAAUUAUGUUGUGUUGGAACUACGCCCACAUGGUCAGUAU